AUGAAGUUAACAAUAGCUAUUUGUUUGGCAAUUUUGGGAGUUUCAACCCUUAAUGAAGUUACUGCUGCUCCUACUCCUAAUACCGGGAUUGGAUUGAAUGAUAAACGUGACGAGUCACCUUCUUCAUAUUAUUAUGAUGAUAAGAAGAAGGAAGACAAAGAUGAUUAUUAUUAUUACUACUACGAUCAUAAAAAAGGGAAAAAAGAACAUUCCUACAAAAAUGAUAAAGACGACUACUACAAGAAAGAUGAUCACGAAGACAAGGACAAGAAGUAUUACAGACGUGAUGCCUUAGCUUCACCAGAUGAUUCCUAUAAUGAUGAUUACUACAAGGAUGGUGAUUACAAGAAUGAGUACUACUACGAGAAAGAUGACCACAAAGAUGAUUACCACAAGAAAGAUGACCACAAAGACAAGGACAAUAAAUACUACAGACGUGAUGCCUUAGCUUCACCAGAUGAUACAUACAAUGACGAUUAUUAUAAGGAUGAUGACUACAAGAAUGAGUACUAUUACGAGAAAGAUAGCCACAAAGACGAUUACCACAAGAAAGAUGAUUACUACAAGAAAAAUAAAAAAGAUGACAAGAAAUCUUAUUAUUAA